CUGGGGAGAGGGCGUGCGAUGGGCUGACAGCGGGGUUAGGAGCGGGAGCUGAGGAACUUUUUUCCCACAGCCUUGCUGGACUGGCUAGUCUGUGUCCUGCAAGGUGGACUUGAUUUUCAUGGCUCUUCCUCUUUCCCUAACUCUACCUUUCCAAGACUCUCUCCUUCCUGAGAGGAGGAAAUGACCAAGUUCCAGAGUGUGGCCUGUAGACUGCUGCCAGCCCACGAACAGCUUGUUGCCAGUCUGCAAAGACACAAGGAAAUUGAGAAUGUGACCUCUCAGUUGGAGCAAGUUGAAACUGAAGAUCAUUAAAUAAUGGAGAAUGAACUUGAUGAAAAAGAAUCACCAGGUUUGUGGAGGGAAAGCAAUGUAUCUAAUACUUCCAGUGCUGUGUGCACAUAGUCAAGAUUUAAAAAUUGACUGCUGUGGAGUUUAACAGAGAAGAAAUAAUUUUUUACAGUCUUGCGGAAGAGACAGUUCUCGUCGUUUGCUGUCACAAAUCGUCUGCAGUGAGUAAAUCUCAUGCAAAUAUCAUUUCACAGCUGUGUCUGGAAAUCUGAGGAAUGCAGCCCCCUGCUGGAACGCUGAGUGCAUACAUUGGUGAUUUUGAUAGAUAAUUGCCAAAAUGUCCUUCUUCGGGGGUGAUGCCAGUUUACACUGACAAGCAGGAGACCUGAGUGAAAAUUCUGUGGAGAAUCUUCAAGAGAAAGGACUAAGGGAUCUGUUACAUGAAGAGCUUUCCUGCUGGCUAAUUUUGGGAGAGAGAGCCAAUGCAAUAACUGGGAGUCACGAUUCUAUUGGGACUCUUCAAGGGGAAGUAUGCAAGAGCCCUGAACUAGAUCUUUCCCCAUGUCGAAAGUGGGGAGAAGCUUCUUCUCAUAUUGCCAGAAACAAGAGCCAUAUGGUGACUCUUCAAAGUAAUGGUUUCAAAAACAUAGAAAGUGAAGAAUAGUUGUCUUUGAAAGUUCCAGGCCACGUGGCCACACUGGUCUCCCCAGCGAUGUUCUGUAAGAAUAAGGCCCAGGAUCCUCAGGAAAGCAAAAGUCUGUUUGUAACUGAAGAAAGCACUGAGAGAAGAGUGACAGAGGGGAAUAGUCCUCCGAGGGACCGUUGUUCAGAGAACCUUCAGAUUAAGCUUGUGUCUGAUGUAACAGAACUGGUCCCACCAUUGUUCAGUGGUGAGGCAAUCUGCCAGAAUGGCCAGUUGAAAGCAUCCUUGGAUCCCUUCGACUGUAACCACAAAGAGGUUUGUGGUUGGAAAUCACAGGUGGCCAGUCGUAGUCAUCAGAGAGCUCACACAGAAGAGAAACCCUGUAACUGUUAUGACUGUGGGAAAAUAUUGAGCUCUAGCUCAGAUGGCCAUCCACGUGAGAAAAUCCACACUGCAGAGAAACGCUAUAGAUGUAGUCGGUGUGGUGAGGACUUCAGUGAGAGCUCGGCGCUGCUGCUUCAUCAGAGAGACCACACAGCAGAGAAGCCCUACAAAUGUGAGCAGUGCGGGAAGGGCUUCACCAGGAGCUCGAGUCUCCUCAUCCAUCGGGCAGUCCACACGGAUGAGAAACCUUACAAGUGUGACAAGUGUGGGAAGGGCUUCACGAGGAGUUCAAGUCUGCUCAUUCAUCACGCAGUCCAUACAGGCGAGAAACCUUAUAAAUGUGACAGGUGUGGGAAGGGCUUUAGUCAGAGCUCCAAACUGCACAUCCACCAGCGCGUGCACACUGGCGAGAAGCCCUAUGAGUGUGGUGAGUGUGGGAUGAGCUUCAGUCAGCGCUCUAACCUGCACAUCCAUCAGCGAGUCCACACGGGAGAGAGGCCCUACAAAUGUGGAGAGUGCGGGAAGGGCUUCAGUCAGAGUUCAAACCUUCACAUCCACCGGUGCAUACACACAGGCGAGAAGCCCUACCAGUGCUAUGAGUGUGGGAAGGGCUUCAGCCAGAGCUCUGACCUCCGCAUCCAUCUCAGGGUCCACACUGGAGAGAAGCCCUAUCACUGCGGCAAGUGUGGGAAGGGCUUCAGCCAGAGCUCCAAACUCCUCAUCCACCAGAGAGUGCACACUGGAGAGAAGCCUUAUGAGUGCAGCAAGUGUGGGAAGGGCUUCAGCCAGAGCUCCAACCUCCACAUCCACCAGCGGGUUCACAGGAAAGAGCCCCGCUAAACCAGGUCUCAGUCUCAGUGCUCGUGUUUAAAGACGUAAAUAUGUUUAACAUCACUCUUACCUUUGUAUUCUAUGAAGGAGAGAGGUAGUAAGAGUUAUUCCGAUAUGUUCCCUCACUGAAAAUCACUCGUUCAUUUUGAGUAUUUAAGUACCAAGCGCUUUGUUGUGCUAUCCCAUGAGUUCAUUGUUCCGGUUCCUGAGAUGCGUGGAAUGAAACUGUCUGUCCUUUGCGGUUCAGCCAGUGCUAUUAGAACUGCAUGUCCUACCCAGCGUUUAUAACUGCAAGAACUUUACAUUUGUCCAAGCGGAACAUGUUUCCCUUUGUUCACGAUCUCUUGGAAAUUGGAACUCUCGUUUCUCUUCAA